AUGCAAAUUAAACUUUUGAAUCUCGCUUCUACCGCUUGCAUAUUCGCUUUCGUGUCUGCCGCACCUGUGGUCAACUCUGACGGUCUUGAUGCUUCUGCUUUGAACGAUAUUGAAGCCGUCGGUCUUAAUGAUAUUCACCUUACCCGUCGGCAAAAUUUACCUUUUGCUGCUGUUGGUGGUUAUCCUGGUUCAGACGCUAAUGCAUCAGAAAAGAUGGUCUUUUAA